CACGUCCCGUACAGGGACAGCAAGAUGACCCGUAUCUUGCAGGACUCUCUAGGGGGUAACUGUAGGACCACCAUCAUCAUCUGUGCAUCUCCCUCCAUCUACAACGAGUGUGAGACCAAGUCUACCCUCAUGUUCGGACAGAGAGCCAAGACCAUCAAGAACACCGUGUCUGUGAACCUGGAGCUGACUGCUGAGGAGUGGAAGAACAAGUACAACAAGGAGAAAGACAAGAACAAGAGUCUGAAGAACGUUAUCCACAGGCUGGAGAUGGAACUCAACCGCUGGAGGAACGGUGAGAACGUCCCUGAGGAGGAUCAGCUGAGUGCUAAGGAGCAGAAGCACCUGGAGCCGUGUGACAACACUCCCAUCAUAGAUAACAUGGCUCCAGCUAACGGACUGGUUCUGGUCUCCACCGAGGAGAAGAGCAAGUACGAAGAGAACAUCAGCAAUCUGUACAAACAACUGGACGACAAGGAUGAUGAGAUCAACCAGCAGAGCCAGCUGGCUGAGAAACUCAAGGAACAGAUGUUAGACCAGGAUGAGCUGCUGGCGUCGACGAGAAGAGACUAUGAGAAGAUCCAUGAGGAUCUGUCUCGUCUGCAGACGGAGAACGAGGCUGCCAAGGAGGAGGUGAAGGAGGUGCUGCAGGCGUUGGAGGAGCUGGCUGUGAACUACGAUCAGAAGAGCCAGGAGGUGGAGGACAGGAGCCAGGCCAACCAACAGCUGCAAGAGGAGCUGCAGCAGAGGACUACGGUCCUGUUGUCAGUUCAGAUGGAGCUGACCACGCUCCAGGAGCUCAGUGGACACCAGAAGAAGAGAGCCGCAGAGAUCCUCCACCUGCUGCUCAGAGACCUCAGUGAGAUAGGAGCCACCAUGGGCACCAGCGACAUCAAGAUGAUGGCUGAGGGGAACGGUAACGGUGGAGUGAUUGAGGAAGAGUUCACCAUGACCCGUCUCUACAUCAGUAAGAUGAGGUCAGAGGUCAAGUCUCUGGUGAACCGCUCCAAGCAGCUGGAAAGCUCCCAGGGUGACACCUCACGCAAGAUGGCCGCCAACGAGAAGGAGCUGGCUUCCUGUCAGCUGCUCAUCUCCCAGCACCAGGCCAAGAUCAAGUCCCUGACAGACUACAUGCAGAACAUGGAACAGAAGAAGAGACAGCUGGAGGAGAGUCAGGACGCUCUGACUGAGGAGCUGGCCAAGAUGCACGCUCAGGAGAAAAUGCACGAGGUGUCAGUGGUGGACACGGAGAAGGAGCACGUCAGUAGACUGGAGGGUGAAGAGGAGGUUAAGAAGACUCUAGAACAUCAGAUGGAGGCUCACAGAGAGGCCCACCAGAAGCAGCUGGCCCGACUCAGGGACGAGAUCGAUGACAAACAGAGGACGCUGGAUGAACUCACAGAUCUGAACCAGGGCCUGAUGCUGGAGCAGAGGAAGCUGAUGUCUGACCAUGAGAAGCUGAAGGUGGAGGAACAGGAGAAGGACAUGACGCUCCAGAAGCUGGUCAUCUUCAACGAGCAGAGAGAGCAGGCCAGACAGGACCUCAAGGGACUGGAGGAGACUGUGGCCAAGGAGCUGCAGACUCUUCAUAACCUACGCAGGCUCUUUGUUCAAGACCUCACAACACGCGUCAAGAAGAGUGCAGAGCUGGACUGUGAGGAUGGAGUGGGCAGCGCCGCCCAGAAACAGAAGAUCUCCUUCCUGGAGAAUAACCUGGAGCAACUCACUAAAGUCCACAAGCAGUUGGUGCGUGACAACGCGGACCUUCGCUGCGAGCUUCCCAAGCUGGAGAAGCGUCUGCGGGCCACGGCCGAGCGGGUCAAGGCCCUGGAGAAUGCGCUGAAGGAUGCCAAGGAGAACGCUAUGAGGGACAGGAAACGCUACCAGCUAGAGGUGGACCGCAUCAAGGAGGUCGUCAGGACCAAGAACAUGGCCAGGAGAGGAAACUCCGCUCAGAUCGCUAAGCCCAUCCGGCCAGGCCAACACCCCUUGUCUUCCCCUACAGUCAUCAGAGGAGGAGGCCUCUACAGCCACAGCUACAACCUCAGCACCAAGUAACCAUGUAGAAUCCAGACCCUGAGUCACGAGUGCAUGUGUGGUAGGUACAGACUGUCCCAUUCCCAGUAAGACCCCUCUGCCCUCAUCCUCUUGUCCUUCCUCUGGGUCUAGGAGUAAGACCCCUCUGUCCUCAUCCUUCUGUCCUUCCUCUGGGUCUAGGAGUAAGACCCCUCUGUCCUCAUCCUCCUGUCCUUCCUCUGGGUCUAGGAGUAAGACCCCUCUGCCCUCAUCCUCCUGUCCUUCCUCUGGGUCUAGGAGUAAGACCCCUCUGCCCUCAUCCUCCUGUCCUUCCUCUGGGUCUGGGAGGAAGACCCCUCUGCCCUCAUCCUCCUGUCCUUCCUCUGGGUCUAGGAGUAAGAACCCUCUGCCCUCAUCCUCCUGUCCUUCCUCUGGGUCUAGGAGUAAGACCCCUCUGCCCCCUUCCACUCUACUCUGUGGCAUCUUUCAUAGUUUUCACAUACUGUAUGUCUCUCUCUUUUCCAUUGUACAUGUACAUAUAUAUUUCAUUGUAGUGUCUUGGAGGGGAAGAUGUGUGCUGAUAGAUGGUUACAUGUAUAUUACAGAGGGUGAUAUGCCACCACUAAGAACCACAUUGUAUAGCAUGUCACAGUAAUGUUAACAUGACCUUUACUUGAUGUUGAAGAAUCCUUUGCUUUUCCGACUGCAUUAGGAAUGUAUGAUAGUUCACCUGAAGAAGUUCAAAGUUCAGACUGGAAUGAUCGCCCACCUGCACUGUGUUUUGCACCAUAUUAAUUUACUUCAGUUAUGAUCAGCACAUUGUUUUUGCUCUGUUGUAUUGGUAAGCAUAUUGAUCAUGGUUUACCUAUGCUUUUAGGGACACUUUAUUCUUAAAAUAAGCUAAGUUUGAAUGUAAUGUUUUAAUUCACUUACAAAACAAGCUGUGCUUUAUUUAAGCAAUAAGGCCUGAGGGGGUGUGAUAUAGGACCAAUAUACCACGGCUAAGGACUGUUCUAAGGCACGACGCAAUGUGGAGUGCCUGGACACAGCCCUUAGCCGUGGUAUAUUGGUCCUAUACCACAAACCACUGAGGUGCCUUAUUGAUAUUAUAAACUGGUUACCAAUGUAUUUAGAGCAGUAAAAAUACAUGUUUUGUCAUACGGUCUGAUAUACCACGACUGUCAGCCAAUCAGCAUUCAGGGCUCGAACCAUCCAGUUUUUAAUUUCAAUUAUGCAACUGAUUGUAAUGACCACUGCGUUGAAAAACUCGUGGGGCGUAGACCAAAAAAAUGUCCCAAUGUUACCAAGAGCGUCAAAUUGUGAGGUAGAUUUCAAUAUCCACCAUUAGAGGGCAGUGUUUGACAGUGUAGUGCACUGCACUGUAUCCAUACUAGGCUAAUGCAGUGAUGCUGAUCAGCCAAUCAGAGAUGUUCAUGCAGUGAUCCUGGGGAACAGUGCAAUACACUCUAUAUCCAAAACACUAACAGAAAGAGAAAUUGGUAUAAAAAAAAAUAAUGUAAUGUAAACUUUCUACUUACAAUGUGGCUCCAAUUGUUUUCGUCAUUUAUCACCGAACUUGCCUCUCACCACUUGCCAAACUGUCAUUGUAAAUAAACAUGUCUUCGUAACUGACUUGCCUAAUAUAAACUCAUUUUAAGUAAAGGUCAUGUAAAUAAAUCUCAUCAGGAAGUGAAUUAUGUUUCAUCUGAAUGGAGAUCCAUUCCCCAAGUAUGUGUUGAUCAUUUCUGUUAUGCUUUUAAUUUGAUAAUCUCAGAGCAUGAUUUGGAUAUAUGUACGUAAGGUUCUAGACAUGUGUUCCAUUUGUAAAUGGUUACAUUGUUGCAGUUUGCUCCUCCAUGCCUAUAGCUGCUCACCGUAGUAUGGCUGUGGGGUGUUGUAAGACGUUCCCUCAAUGAAGGAACAGCACCACAAGGACAAUGAGCUUUGAGACGCUGCUUUGAACUCUGCCUGUGAUCUUAUGGAGGCUCCAGAUAAAAGCAGGAAUAUGAUUGAUUCAUGGCCAUUCUAACUGCAUGAUGUAUAAUUCAUUUGAAAUGUUUAAAUCCAAGCGAAUAAAUAAA